AUGACUGGCCUUUUCCAUUCAUUGUGGAUACUAAUAUCUGUUAGAAGUGAGUCUAACACGCAUAGAAUCUGGUACAGAUCUACAGGAUUGACUGGUAUUCCAGCCUAUGCUCUUGCUAUUGACUGCAAUGGAAGUUUUGCCAUCACCAAAGCAAGCGAUGCCAAGGACUUACGAGAAAAUUGCAAGAUAAUUGGCGGUGACUUGAAAUUUGGAGGUGAUAUUAGCGAGAACAUCAAUCUAGAUGGCGUUGAGGAAGUUCGGGGUGACUGGAGGCAUAAUCCCCUCAGCGACUACCGUGGCAAAGUCGGUACACUGUUUAAUAUAAGCAGCUCUACUUUGAAGCUGGUUGAUGGAAUUUUCGACCUAACAGGACCCAACGGACUUGAGAGACUAAUUCUGCCGAAUCUUGGAAAUAUUUCUGAGUCAGUUUCCUUUGACUCCAUGGCAAAUCUCACCCAUGUUGACUUCACAAAUUUGAAGUACUUUCGUUCCCUAAAUCUUGAGACCCCAAAGCUACAAGAGUUCAAAAUCGAUGAGCUGAAAGGGUUUACCAGAAACUAUACUGGUAGAAUAUUCAUAUCGGACGGGGGCAGUGUUGAAAGUCUCGAUGGUCUUUUCAAAGGUCCUAUUGCACCCGCAAAUGAAACGCAAUUGCCGACCAUCACAAUUCAAAAAAUACCCAACAUUAAACAACUCACUUUGGGCUGGAGGAGUAUUCUCAGUGCGCAUAUCAGUGGCCAAUUGUGGUAUCAACAUUGGAGCCCUCCUCCCAUCAUCACACUUAUUCUUGGAGGCCCUAAUUCAGAAACGGUCCAUAUCCACGAGCUGGAGACUAGAGAGGGAAUUAUUGGCCUUGAGCGAGGAUCCAAGACAAGCAAUCUCUCGAUUGGGAGUUUCAGGUCGAUGAAUGAUAUGAUUACGGACCUGCGACUUCCAUUUCACCAGGUCUCUGACGUUGCUAUUCGAGGAGAUCGCAUGACCUCCCUGGAACUCCCGAAAGAAGCAGAGCAGUGGAACAAUGUGAGCAUCUCAAUUUGGCUGGUGCGUAAGCUCCGUUUUGAGUCUUUGGUCAAUGCAGAAGGAAGACAGACGUGGUACUGGCCCAAUCAAACCAUGUCCAGCUUCUACAUUUUUGGGGAUGUGACAACCAACUUUUUGUCAGUGUAG